GUGUGUUGAGAAAUACAAUUCUCAUCUAAAAAUAAUUGUUGAUUGUAUUUUGUAAGAACGGUCACGUUUUCAACGGUCAAACAAAUGGGUCAAAUCCAUAAAAUUCCGUUCAUUGAUUUGUUUGAUCAAAUUUUAAUUAGUGCAUAUGCGAUUUCACACACGCAAUCCGAUCGAUGAUUGACGAAGGAACGACGACAUUCAAAUUAACAAUCAUAAACUUUGAAUAAACAGUGAAGUUAUAAAAAAAAUAAGGCCAGCAAUGAAGCCAAUAGGCAUUGGAUUUAAUAACUUGAGCGAAGAUAGCAGUUAGAAGAAAAGAUUCCGUCUAAGUAAUCAGACCUUUAGAUAAAGCCAACAAUUUCACUUUGGAUUCUGAUUAAUAAGUGAUUUCAAAUGAUUAGAAUGAUAAACUGUGAGAACGCUUAAACUAAAACGCGUGAUUAAAACAAUUCAAAGCAAAAACCAUCUACAGAACGUUUACAAUGUCGAUCGGUUAUCAAGUUGUAAAAUAUUGUAACGACACCUUAUUACAACAAUGGCAAAUAGCGUGAUAAGCAUAUUUUAUUGAAUAUUUUCUCGUAUAAGCUAAACCAAAAUUGUUUUUCGAAGUUUGUGUUUUUGAAUUUGUUAUCAUCGCAUUUCGUCUGGCUUGUACACUUGACUAUACGCAUCGAACAAAGCUACCUGACCUCUUGUAAAAAUGGCUACAUUUUCGUUAUGGGACUACCUCGUUUUGGUUGUUAUGCUGAUUAUAUCAGCCGGUAUUGGAUUAUACUAUCGCUUCACCGGUGGUAAACAGAAAACAACGAAGGAAUAUUUCCUCGCAGACGGCGGAGUCUCCAUAUAUCCAGUUUCAUUCAGUUUGAUGGCCAGUUUUAUGUCAGCCAUUACUUUGCUUGGAUUGUCCACUGAGAUUUACACUUACGGCAUUCUGUUUGUUGUUAUCAACUUCUCAUAUGGAUUUGCCACCGCACUAUCAGCCUUUUUUUACUUACCAGUAUUCUACAAAUUACAAGCAACUAGCGCCUAUGAGUACUUAGAAAAGCGUUUUGGAGCAACAACGCGACUUAUAGCCUCAAUAACGUAUUCACUUCAAAUGAUACUGUACAUGGGAGUUGUCCUGUAUGCCCCAGCAUUAGCAUUGGAAGCGGUUACGGGAAUUUCAAAAGAAAAUUCCAUUUUGAUUAUUGGUUUCGUUUGCACGUUCUAUUCGACAAUCGGAGGCAUGAAAGCUGUCCUUGUUACUGACGUAUUUCAAUCAUUACUUAUGUUUGCUGCUAUUUAUUGUGUCAUCAUUGCUGCGGCCAUUCAUGUUGGUGGAAUAGGUGAAAUUUGGAAUAUUUCGCGGGAAGGUGGUCGAUUGAAUUUCUUCAAUUUCGACUUGGAUCCAACCGUGCGUCACACAUGGUUCUCUUUAAUCAUUGGUGGUUUUUUCACAUAUUCCACAAUUUAUGCGUGCAAUCAAACACAAGUGCAGCGCAUGUUGACGGUUAAGAAUUUGAAGGCAUCCCAGAAGGCGAUGUUUUUAAAUUGGCCCAUUCUAUCAUUGCUCAGCUUGAGCACCUGUUUCAGUGGUCUUUGUUUGUACGCAUACUAUGCCAAAUGUGAUCCACUUUUGCAUGGAGACAUCACAUCGAGAGAUCAGCUGAUGCCGAGAUUUGUUGUCGAUGCGAUGGGUCAUUGGCCGGGUCUAUCGGGAAUAUUUGUAUCUGGCAUUUUUUCCGCUAGUUUAUCUUCAGUUUCAGCUGCACAGAAUUCGCUAGCCGCUGUCACACUGGAGGAUUACAUUAAACCACUGUACUCAUAUAUAAAAGGGAAGCCACUUAAAGAAACGAAAUCAACUUUACCAUCGAAAAUAAUCGCCUUUUUAUAUGGAUUAGUCUGUAUUGGUGUUGCUUUUCUAGCGCAAUACUUUGGAGGAAUUCUUCAACUCUCGCUAUCAAUAUUCGGAGCUGUUGGUGGCCCAUUGUUGGGAAUGUUUUCAUUAGGAAUGUUCACAUUGAGAGGAAAUCAACGGGGUGCAAUUACUGGCCUCAUAAUUAGUUUAGUAUUUGUUCUGUGGAUUGGGUUUAGUCCAAAGCCUUUACCUCCAACGCUUAAUUUUUCAAAGGACGGGUGUCCGAACACUCCUUCACUGGUUACAACGCCUGUACCUAUCACCACACCCGCACCAACCAAUGCAACAGAGAUUGAAUAUUUCUGGUUAUACAAAAUAUCCUACAUGUGGUAUGCGCCGCUUGGCUUUUUCCUAUCCCUUAUCAUUGGAUGGAUCGUCAGUGUGAUUCUUGAAUCAUUCAACUUAGGCGGUGAGCCGACAAUCUAUACUGAUAAAAACCGAACAAUCAUUAACGCCGACCUCUUCACACCGCCUCUCGCCAAGCGUUUACGUAAGCGGAAUGCCGAGAUUAUGGGAAAGAAUUUUGCGGUUGCAAAUGGGGAUUUUGGAGCACAUACUGAAAAUAGUACACAUUUCUAGAGUUGAUCUGUCCAUUUCUUGAGCUGAGCUCAAAUGCUACAGAUAACAUAUACGGCAAAUCAACUUUUGGAUCGCAGAUUUUUCUGACAUUUUCAAACAAUAAAUUUUACAAAAGUCUCUGAUAAAAAAAAAGUAACAAAAAGUCGAUAUGAAUACAUUUGAAAAAAGAAAAAGUUUUAACAUAGUGCAAAGUAUUUAUUCACACAACUAGCAAGUAGAGAGAGAGAGUCUUCCAUUCAGCACACAUCGAUGUAUUGAAGUAAAAUCGUCAAAAAAAAUGUAGUUGAUUAUUAAGCUGUUUAUCAAGUGUUGUUGAAAGAAUUUCAAUAAAAUGCUAUAUUAUCAUGCAUGAAUGUGAUACCGGCCUGUCUAUUUGUUUAUAUUUUGUGACAGUGUCAUGUUUGGGACAAAAAAUGCAAUGAACUGUCAACUGAUAAAUGUUUGAGAAUGAUUCUGUCAAAUUAGUAUUGCGUAGCCAAAAGCCGAACGGAGUUAGUUGGAAUCAAUUUUGUAUUCAUUGAUCAUAAAAUAUAAACAAAAAAAAAACAAAUCGAAAAGGCGGUGCCUGAAAAGUUGGAAUAUUUCAUCGUUGCAAUUAGUGUGGUCAAUCUGAAUGGAUGCAAUGGUUACUGAAACGUUGAAACCGCCUGAGGAAAAAUUUUCCACUCAUUUGGAUGAUUUGCUCGCGAACAAACAAUCACAAGAUGCGCUGGAACUCAUCGAAAAUGGUGACAACGAAAGAAAUGUCAUCGACAACUGUUCUGAAUUAAUAACCACAGUCGUAAAAUAUCUAACUGAUCAGAAUUUAGCGCAAAAUUUUGAGCUGCACAAUGCAUGCGAAAAGAUUCUCAUUAAAAUUGCCACGCUAUGUGAUGAGUCAGAUGCGGUUUUUGGGUUGCUUGAAAUAAUCGAUUCGACCGAAACGGACAACACCGUUGUGUCAGUGUUAAAGGCGCUGCAAGCACUGCUAUUGAAGCAACCGCAACAAAAUUCACGUGCUCUGGAAUGGGUGUUGAAUUCCGUGCAACAGUAUGCAAGUGAAUUACCGUUGUCGAUACAGCUUCGCAAUCGGAUGGACGAUGAAGAGGAGCAAUUGUUGGAGGAAGAAGAUGAGGUUAAGCGUAUAGUCAGUUUUUAUAUUUUCAUGAUAAAAUUCUACGAACCGAUUUUGGAUAAAAUCAUUGAAAAUGAGCCAGCCAAUAAUACUUCAUUCCGUAACAACGGUCUGACCCAGCGAAACAUACUUGCAUGUUUCAUCAUUCAGCUGUUUGGCAUCCCAUUUGCAUACCUCGAUCUGUCUGAUCCCACGUCGAAUGCUAAAAACGACAGAGGAGUUACACUCACAAAUAUUUACAGUCGCCAAUGUGUGACGUCCCUCGUACACCAUUUGACCAAAUUGGUGGUGAAUCCGUUGCAAUUGAUUGUAUAUGGUCAGCGACGUGCUCUUUGGCCGUAUGUCUUCUCCGAAUCGGAUGAUCCAGAAAAAUACUCGUUUAUGCCGUUGGACAUUUUUCUGCUGGACGCUAAAGUUUCAAUCACCAGCUUAGCCGUUAUGUUCUAUGCACUGUUUGUGGAAAAUCUGUUUGAACAAAGCAAACCGAAGAUCUAUCGUGGCAUUUAUCUGUUGGAAAUGGGCCUGUAUUUUGCCACUGAUCUCCUGUCCGGCACAGAGGAAACGUUACACACUAAAGGAAUCCGAUUGGCCGCUAAACUUUUGCAAAAUCUACAUGAUGAAAAGCUCGAUGAUGACACAUUGGAUUUGGAUAUUCACAAAAUAUUCGCCACAAAACUCAUCGGAGUCUUGGACUCGACACAAGUGCGCCGAAACAGUCAACUGGGUGUGGAUCUGUUGCAAAAGUACAUCGGCAUAUUUAAGACAAUCAACGCAAAAUAUUUUCACAUCCAACAUUUGCUCGAAAGCACAACAAAUAAUAAAAUCCGAAGUUUACUGGUGACCAUUUACAAGAAUGUCAUCGCCGACCAAAUCAACGCGGUCGAUGCCAAUGCACAGCCCGAAGUGUCGGUAUUUUGUCGAGGUGAAAAACUCAAAUGGCUAUUGCUUAAUCGCAUUUGCAUAAUGCCCCGCGGUGUUGAAACGGAUAUUUUACAGCACAACGAUUUGAUAAUGGCCGCAUUGAAUAUGCUUCGUUUCUUAGCCAUUCGCGACAAAAAGAAUGCAACACAAAUCUGGGAUUAUAUGAGUGAAAUUGAAGAGAAGUUCCUAAAAACGUUGCGAACAUCGUUGGAUUGCACACGAGCUCAUUACAAACUUGAAGAGAAACGGAUUCAAGAGAAAAAGACUGCCGGCGUUGAGUGUGAAGUGAAAAUACCUGACAGCGAAUACAUGGAUAUGUCGGAGGAGAAUCAACUGCGAAUGCUUGCCAUCGGUCAGAAUACCUUCGAUUUGAUUGAUAACGUAUUAUGCCAUUUGAUUGAAUGCAUCGAAGCUUAUCGAGCUAAAAAAUAAUCACAAAUUUUAAUUUGGAAUUUAAACAAGGGGCAUUUCGAAGGAGCGGAAGAGAGAAAAAGUAUCACUUUAAAGAUUUAAUUGUAGCAUGAAUGAAGAUAAAAUCUCUUUGUGAUAAAGAAAAUGCACGUAAAAAUGCGGUAUUUUUCUAAAAGAAAAAAAAAAGGACACAACUUUUUAUAACAUAUGUAUACAAAUUCAACCUUGAACAAAAUAAAACUCCAUUUCCAUUGAACCUUCCUCAAUCCA